CAAAGUUUUUGUGGGCAGACUUUACGCUCAGAAAGCCUGGGCCCCGUGGCGACUACUGAUGAGGCGGCAACGGCUCUUUUUGUGCGGGUGUUCCGGGCUGGAGGAUGCGACCACUACUACCACCACCACCACCACUGCCACCACCACCACCACCACUACCAUUACUACUGCCAACUCCACCACCAUCAACGCCACCUUCACCGCCAUCAUUUCUGCCACAGCUACAUGUGAGUGUGCUGAGCGGACGUCCACCUGUUCGGCCGCUACAGGACGACGACCACACGCCGCUCCCUCACACCUGCCACAGAGGUGUGUGGCUAAAAGUGCGCCAAGCUGCCCUCCUCACGCUGUCUCUUGCCGUACGGUUGAGGGAGGGAGACACGGUGACCUGCUUGCCUCUCGUCGUGGGACUCGCUGUCAGAGCGACAACGCCUUAUCGAAGUGGUCCAUUCAGCGUCUCUAUGAUGCUGGGAGUCCUGGAGAACACAGCUUGGCACAUUACACCACAAGAUAAGGUGUGGUGGUGGUGGUGGCGAGGUGUGGCAACUCCCCGCGUCCCCCACCAUCAAUGGACACAGAUUGGUCGUGUAAAAAGUGCACUGAAGCAAUCCAGAGUCGUGUUUCCCGCCCCGCCGCGCCGUGCAGGUGUGGUAAGGCGGCGAGCCCUGCGUGGAGGCCGUCCUGCACCGCCUCUAUAAGCACCAGUUCUGCACGUCUGAAGGAUGCUGAAGAGAAGCAGUAGAUUACCGAAGCAGUCAGUGUCUGAUGCCUCUAGACUCUGAGGAGCAGCCCUUGACAUGAAGGCAGAAAGCAGAAUUUGAAGUGUCACAGGACGUCACUGCAUGUCUUCCUCCGGGCACGGCAUGAUGGCAGGCGUGGCUGGAGUAGAGCGUGGCGUGGCAAACUGCACUGAAGGGAGUUCCAGCCCACGAGAUUGCCACUGCCUGCCCAAGAACCACAUGUCCUGAAGGUGCAUAUCGUCAGUCACUCAAACAUCACUCAAUGCAUACACAGACACAGGCACAGGUCCUUUCAACAAGAGAACGCACAAGACACCUUCCAGCCAUUGCAGCACAGGCGGGAUGUGGCAGGGCUUUGUGUUAUGUUCAAAGCUCAGGCACUGCACACCCCUCACCUCGCUACUCUGCGCCUCUCUGGCCCGCCGCCCCUUACUCAAGCUGCGCGGUCGGCAGAAAACUCUGAGCACCCACACAUGGUGGCUGUACCGUUCAGCAGGACUGAGCAUAAUAUACGCUCCUUCCUGCCACGGUACAGUCGCCUGUGGAACCAGAUGGUGCACCGCUCCACCUCCCUGCACAUCUUCAAGUGCCGAGCGAACGAGUGGCUCGCCCGACCAGCUGUAGCUGACACGUUAUAUCAAGGACAUAUUCAUUGUCUCUCUACCAAUUACACUCUAAACAUCAUUAUACCAUUAUUUUUUGUAGACAUAGCCAUAGAUAGCCCUACGCUCGUAACGACUAGGGCUUUGGCAUUGUGUAUUAUAUCUACUGUUUAAAUAAAAAAAAAAGAGAGAGAGAGAGAGAGAGAGAGAGAGAGAGAGAG